UUGCGUGAAGGGCGUGGUGAUGCGUUUAUGGGUUUGUGUGCGUGCAGUCUGCGGUCCGCCGCCAAAUUCAAACAGCGAAAGAAAGAAACAACAGAAACGAGCAGCCGAAGCACUGAGGACAGACAAGUCAUCCGAUUUUAAGCUCAGUCAGCAUGGCGUCUUCAAUGAUGGAUGGAGUUGGUAAAGCUGUGGUGGGAGUCUGGCGGGCACACACAGUCCUGGAUGAGUCUGACGGGGCAGAGAGCUCCCCAGAAGCGCCAGACCGUUUCCGCAAGCUUCGCUCCUCAUCUUCACUUAACUCUCUGCGAAUGUCUUUGCGCAAGCGACUCCCGCUGCGCUCCAUCCAGACCAGCUCCCUCCCUGAAAAUCCAACUUGGGAAACCGCGAAGGAGCAACCGAAGCCCAGCACAGUCCGCAAACUUACUCGCAAUGCCCGGAACUCCAUCAGUGGAGUGUAUCAGAGGCUGCAGAGAACCAGAGAGUUUGCACGUGAGGAGUGUUUGGUAGCAACCCCAGGCCGGACACGCGAUGGGGAAGAAGCUGGCGCAUCAACUUCUCACACCCCGAGGCGUACGCCUGGCCGGGCUGUGACACCCAGACGCACCCCUAGAUCGACAACCACACCUGGGCGCACUCCGGGGUCUAGAGGAAGAAGGACUCCUGAGGCCAGUGUACGUGGGGUGAAAACCGGAGGAGGCAGGAGGCAGCUGGUCCGCAUGGCUGCUCUACGAAGUCCCUUUGCCUCACCCAACACACAGAACCAGAGGCUAAAAUUCGACCAUGAUUUGGAGUCUGUGUCCAGUGGACUCAGGAGGCUCAAACAUCUGUCCAAGGCUUUUGAUGAAAUAAUUGGCAGAGAUGACAGCACACGGGGACGUUCUGGAGGAGCGAUGAUGAGAAAGUUAGACCCCAACGGGAAACUCAGUCGCUCAAACCUCACUCGCCGAGCCACACACCUCUCAAACACACUUGGAGGUUGGGCCCAUACCGCUGUGAACACUAUUCGCAAACCCAACUGAACUACAUGCAUGUGUGUACUGUAUGUAAAACACAGGACCUUUUUGUAGCCAUGUUUCACACACAUCAUUCUCGAGGUGUCACUGUUAGAUUUACACGUAGUGUAAUACUGGGAGACUGUUACAUGGAAGCUUGUCUUUUCUAUCUUUAGUGUGUAAUUCUUGUGUUUACACAUCUUAUGUUAGCUAGUUGUGGGUAAAGUAUCCUCAUUGUAGCUACCAAAGGGAUUUCUGUAUUCUUUUGUAUGUACCUAUUAUAGCUGCUACAACCAAAUGUCCUAGUUACAUUUUCAAAAUACUAAUAUUGUCGUUUGUGUUCACACACUCUCCAUAGAAACUUUUUGUUAGUUUCUGAAAUCUACUUUAAAAGAAAUGCUGCAUGAGACCAAAAUUGUAUCUGCAGAACUAACGCUAAAUUUACUGACUGAAGGGAGAUGCAUUUUCCUCGACUUUAUAUGUAUGCAAUAAUGUUACUAACAUUUGUUAUGCCUUUUUAAAUGUCAUUUUAUUAUGCCAAAUUGUAAAGUGUAUUUUCUAUGAAAGGGGAUAUUUUUAUAUAUGUGUAGUUUAGCCAGUAUUUCCUUUUCUUAAUACUUUCUUUGAGGCAGAGGUCAGCACUUUUAAUGGCCUGUGGAUGAUUCAUGCACCUACACUGUACACAUAAAUCAUCUGAUAAUGUGAUGGGGGAAAAUGUAAUGGCUCAUGACCUGAUGACGGCGAUGAUGAUGUUAUAAAGCCAUAUCCAGCAGGUUAUUAGUGAAGUGACUGUCAAGCAAACAGCCUCAAAUGAAGCAAAACGUCUCUCUUCUGCCAAAGCGAGACAUUGUGUCCAAAUGUGAAAAAAAAAACUCCACAUAAUAAAACAUAUAAGCUUCGUCAA